GCCCCCCCCCCCACACUUGAGGAGGGGUUAUGUUCACCAUGUAUCUGCUUCCCCAUGCCAAAUCAGGCCUCAGAAAGCUUUCUGGAAGUGACGCCAACUGCAGGGACAAGGCCUGGUUCUGGGGUCAGCCCCACUCCAUGGUUCCUGAAGAGGUGGUAGACUAUGGAACGUAGGCUUUAUGAUUCUGACCUAUGUAACAUGGUCCACUAACUCUCAGUAUCCACUCCAUCCUCGGAGGGCACCCCGGAGGUGUUGACAGCAUGAGGGACGAGAACACUGGGUUUAUGGUAAUCCCUACACUUGAUGUCCGAGUUGUAACGGGGCCUGGGGGCUCUGGAGGGGACGGGACUUGGGGCACAGAUGCCCGUCCAGCCUCAGCCAUUGUAUUUGAAGAGCUGGAUUGCCGCGCGGUGUGCUCCUGAGGUCUGUGUGACGUGACCCGCCUCUUGACCCAGUAGCCCCGUCAGCAUGCAGGCCUCCGUGGGGCUCACUCCACACGCAGGCCCCACCGGCCCAGCCGCCAUCACGUGCUGUGUUCUUGAAGAGAUACUAGCCUCUGUUUGUACUAGUGUCACCUCUGAUGGAGGAUAAAAUCCGUCUCAGAGGGUUUCCUGAAGGCAGUGCCAAGACAGGGGAUGAGACGACUCCCGGCCUUGGUGGGUUAUCCAAAAGGCAUCUGCUUUGUUAUGAAGAUGGCCUGGUGGUUGUUGCUCAGAAUCCCUGUGACCUCUGAGGGCCUCCUGAAAAUGUCCCUGACUUUGAUGCAGAGAUGCCCAUCAGCCUUUCCUGUGGCCGAGCUGGGCCAUGUCCAAACUGUGGCUCGCACCUGGGCUUCAACCGCCCGGAGACCAUCACUUGGCCUGCUCGGUGUGACAGCACAGAAACUCCUUGUGAGUGCGCUCGGGCCAUCUUCUCCUGCUCCUUAUGCUCGCCACUCCCCCCACAGAUCUGUUAGCCACAUGCCAUGCCCCCCCCCACGAUGCCCACCUCCCAUGCCCCCUAAUUCAACAUGGUGCCUGACACAGAGUAGGCAUUAAUCAGUGUUUCUGGAAUCAUGACAUCAUGACAUCGUCCACACCUGCUCAGUGGGACCUGCAGCCUUGGAGGGCUUCCUGGAGAAGUUGCCAGCUGUGGGGAUAAGCCACCAGUUCCAGCGUCAGCAUCAGCUCCUGGCCGUGGAGACAAGACUCCCGGCCUGCGUGUGCUUGUCACGGGGUGCCUGUCCGGCGCGCCACUGCCCUCUGACCCUGCUCUGGAAGGCUUUCCGGACGUGUCCUCAGCUCUGUCCUCGACGUCCCCGUGUGGUACUUGGAGAGAUAGUAGACCGUAUAGCGUACGCUUUAUCUGUGACGUAUGUAACACGGUCCACUAACCCUCAGUAUCAAAUCCAUCCUCGAGGCUCCCGCAAAGCGACGCUGUCUCCAGGGAGGCGCCUCAGACCCACGCCGGCCUCUCCACAGCCCGAGGAGACGGUUGUCUGUAUGGCAUGUUCUUUCCUGCAUGACGCGAACUGACGUGCUGUCGCUCUCCUUGUGUCAAGCUCUGCCUCGGGAAACCUCGCCGUCUCUGGGGAGGAGACCUUGAUUCUUUCUGGGAUCGGUGCUGCUCUGUGGCGCUCAAUGACAUGGUUGACCAGGCAACUCUUGUUUGUCUCCACCAUGACCUGCUUCUUCUCAGCGGCAAGCGCAGCCUUGAAGAGGUCCCCAGAGGCAACUUUGCGGACGCCGGCCCUCCUUCCAGUCCUGUGCGGUACUUGAAGAAAUGGUUUACCGUCCCACAUACAUUUUGAGUAUGUAUGUGGGACGGUAAACCGCUUCUUGGUAUCCAGCCCAGCCGUCCAAACCAUCCUGGAGAGAGCCCGAAGACAGAAGCCCCACACGUCUCGGCGGCCUCCCUCGGUCCUUGGCGGAAUGGUAGACUCUUAGGUGUGUACUUACUCAUUCAUGCUCGCGACACAGCCUUUGCAGUGUCUGACGCAGCCCCCAAGGGCUCCCCUAGGACAGUGGGCACCCUAUCACGGUGCCCUGCUUCCACCUGGCCCACCCCGCAGUGCCCGAAGAAGUGGCGGUCAGCGCUGCGGAUGUCCGUGAAGGCGGGAUGUCACUUGUUUUGCCUCUCAUCAUCCUCAGAUGGCUUCAGGACCGCACUGCGGAGAGCUGACGCAGGUGCCCACGACCUGCGCCACCCCAGGUACUCGAAGACGUGCUGGCUCGAUCUUGUCACUGACGAUGGGUGUGCAGUCUGUCUUUUUCUCAUAUCGAGUCUAGUCAUCUUGGGAAGACACAGCCCCUGGCUCUGGACCCAACAUGGAUGCCCCAAGAAGCCGCGCUGGGCCCUGCUGUGUGUGCGCUCUGACACACAGGUGUCAUGGCCCGUUCUUCCCGCCUCCACCCCACCUUGGAGUAGGGACACGCUGAAGACGCCGCUGACCUCACAGUCAAGGCAGAGCGCAGGCUCCGGCUCAGCCACGGCCUCACGGUACCUGGACAGGGUUCAACAGCACUGCAUGUCUUUAUUAACAGCGUAUGUAACAUGGUCAUCUUCUUUUCAGUAUCAAAUUCAGCCUCAAAUGUCUCCGGGAAGGUCACAUCAGCCUCUGGAGGCCAGUCGUGAGCUCUGGCGCCGUCCUGCUUUGGGAUACGUGGCGGAAGCUGACCAUGCUUCAUAUGCUUUACUUACAACGCAUGUUACCUGGCCCACCUUUUCAUAACAGCAGAUGCACCUCGGGGGGCUUUCUGUAGGCAAUACUAAGUGCAGGCAUUGCGCUCGUGCCAGCGGCAUCUCCACUCCGGGUCUGGAGGGUGUCUCUGUGCUGCGUCCACUGCAUCUCUAGCAGACAUUGCAUGGUGGCUUCUACUCAAUACUGCAUCUAGCCUUGGAGGGAUUCCUGGAGGUGGUGCUCCCGAGAGGAAAGAGACGCCGGUCUGCCAUCAGCCCUUUCCACGGUACCUGAAAAGAUGGUUGACCAUAGAACAUGCGCUGUCUCUAUGUCGUAUGUAAUAUGGUCCACGUCUUCUCAAUAUCAAAUUCAGUCGCAGAGGGCUUCCCAGAGGCAAAGCCGACUUCGUGGGAGACACACUGGUCUGGCUUCGGCACCAUUCCACAGCACUUGGAGAGAUGGUAGACCAUAACGCACACGCGUUGUUUCCCGCGUAUGGUCCACUACAUCUCGGCAUCAGUCAGCCUCGGGGGGCUUCCUGGAGGCCAGGCCAGCUUGAGAGCAGGGCCAGUGCGGUAGGCACUCUCCAGAUCACCAGGUGAUUGGCUGUGGACCUCGUGUUUUCUUUAUCUCCUGGCCACUUGGUCCCUCAAUCAACCCUCAGCCCCCAAUCCCCGCCUUACCGGGCGUCCGAGGUGGUGGUGGCACUGGACAUGGCGUGUGGCCAUCACUGCUUUUGUUGAUGGCUGAUCCUUCAUGAAACACAUGGCCAGGGCUUCCUGGAGGGCAUCCAAAUUAAGGGGAGCGAGGCAGGGUCCCGCCCCCUCAUGGUAUUUGAAGAUGCGGUUGACCAUGGUGUGUACGCUUUAUUGAUGACGUAGGACACAUGGUCUACUUCUUCUCAAUAUCACAUCUCGCCUCGGAAGACUUCCGGGAGGUGAUAUCAGCUUUGAGGAAGAGCCACUGUCCUGGUGUCUGCCCUGCUGCUGCUUGGUACCUGGAGAGAGGUGGUCCGUGGCGCGUUCGCUGCAUUCAUGGCGCACAUUACACGGUCGACCUCUUUGCGGUAUCUAAUCCCGCCUGGCCAGCUUUCCCGGAGCUAACCUCUGCAGCGGGUGGGCACGCUAGGUCUGCGCUCCCUGCACCCGGCGGCUGGCGAUGCGUUUGUCUUGUGUGUGAUGAUAACUCACGUGUGGCGGCCUUCUUCUCAGCAAACCUCAGCUUGGCGGCUUCCAGGGCAGGGAGACUUGUGGACAAGCAGAGGCAGCAGCACGUGCUGGGUACAUGAGAUGGUUGACCAGAGAGCACACGCUUUAUUUGUGCCGUUUGUGACCUGGUCCACUAACCCUCAGUAUCUAAUCUCCCCUUGGAGAACUUCCUGGAAGAAGGACCGACUUUGAGCCAAGAGACGAUUCUCCCACCAGGCCUGCUGCGUCCGCUAGGCAUGGAAGACAGGGCCUCUGCCAGCUGCCUCCGCCAGGCCCCAACAUGGCGCUCGUGGCUCGGUGCCAGUGGGGCCACUCUCCCUGGGGAGCUUCCUGGGUGUGAGGCCACCCCACUCAGGGAGGGGCAUGCUGUCCGAUCCUCCCAUGCCCAGGUGUUCAGGGAUCCACUCCCGGAGUAUGUGCCCCUGGUUGGCACUGCUCGCCUGGCCCACCCGUCGCAGUGCGGGAGACUUUGGGAGGAGCUUUGGGGGAGCUGCCCUGGCCACCUGGGGCCUCUGUGCCUCUCCGGGGGAACUGAGACUGGUGUGCCUGAGGGUGACGUGACCGUGACAGCUCUGUGACCAGUGUCUUGGUAGCACCACGACCCUCUGGCUGCCAUGCCGGGUUCAGGCCCUUCGGGAGGCCCUUGAGGUCUGCGCCACGGGGUCCUUGGCAGGGAGGCUGACAGCAGCAUGCGUUCGACGAGUGGCGUACACCAGCGUCCAUGCCCACAGGAGUCCCAGCUUGGACGUGCGGUCUGGGGAGGAGCCGGUGGUUCCAUGCCGUGCUGUCGUGGUACCUGAAGAGAGGUGCUCUGGGUUUCUGUUUCUUUAAUGAGGAUGAAACACACCUGGUUAACCUCUUUUCCAGUAUCAAACCCCAUCUUGGAGGCCUCUGGUCCUGACCUCAGCUUCAGAGAAGGGUGUUACCAUCCGCUCCCCUCCAGGGGACGAGACAAGUGGCGACCAGGGUGCUGGUGCCCCCAUGUCCAUGACUGACGUCACUUGUGCUGACCAGGGUGUCCCCCUCCCCGCUGACAGGACUGCUGGGACUGAGCGUCAAGUGCUGUGUCUUGUCAGUGGCCCCUGAAGAGAGGUGCUCUGGGUUUCUGUUGUUGAGUGAGGAUGAGAUGAGGUGCCCUGUGUCCAUGUCAGGGUGCCUCAGAGGCCCACUGGUCCAGAUCUCAGCUGCAGGAAGGGGCACUGUUGGUGUGAAGAAAGGACAAGCUGCUCAGCCUGUCCCUUAUUUUUGACUUUCAUCACCUGUCCCUCUAACCUUGCCUGUCCUCUCCAUCCACAGGAGAACUUCUCACGGUGAGGCCCACCUGGAGGAGACGGGGUCCUGCAGCCGCUCGAUGCCUCAGGGCACACAGGUAGGUCGUCACUGUUCCUUAUCUCCUUUCUGCUGUCCCCGUGUGGCCCCUGGUGCAGCCCGCUCCAGAGGGAUGGCUGGUCUUUCCACCUGAUGGGCGCGGGGCUCGCCUGUCCCCAGGUAGCUUGGACAUCUGGUGCAUGAAGGGGCUGCCCGGACACACAGUGGUGGUUCCUGGACUGUGGCUCCUCAGCAUCCAGUUUGUUCUGGACAUGCUGGUCUUUAGGAAAGAAGGUGGCUUCUGAGACCAAGAUGAGAACUCAAAGGUCCAUGGAGUAUUUUAAAUCUGAUGCUUUUGGACUUGGAGGAGAAGGCUUUGUCGUCAACCCUGGUCCAAGCUGAGCGAGUCGAUAACCAACUCCGGGGCCUGUGCCUGACCCGCUGACCUUUGUCUCCAGCCCAUCUUUGGGUGGCGAUACCCGUGGCGGAGAAGAGGCCACAUUUCUGCAGAGGGCCUCUGGUUUUCCAAGAGAAGCUUCCUUCUGCAUAUUCCUUUCUUUUCUGUUAAAUCCCACUGACCCCUCUUCCUUAUAAGCAGCAGCUUGGACAAGACAGAGGUCACAGCCCCAGUUCAGGGGAGUGAACUGAGGCUUCGCUUCCUUCCCCUGCUCAUCCUGUUUAGCACAAAUGCUCCUUGCUGAUCCUUCCCAGGAGGACUUCCUGGAGGUGGUGCCGACCUCAGACAAGGUGGUGCUUCUCGUCAGCUCCAGUGCUUGGCACAGACUUACACUUACCUGGAAGCCUCCGAGACCCUGGCCAUUUCUCGGGGGAUGGGCGUGCCUCCCCGCUGGCCACGACCCGGCCUCCAUCACCAACCUUGGGGGCAGGCCUUCACAGGCUGAAACCUAGCGACAUCCAGGAGACCUACCGGUUCUGCCCUCGGGGAAGCCCCAGUGCCUGGAGAGAGGUUGUACACGAACUGUUCUGUGUAUUGGUGGGGAAUAUUUCGUGGGCGACCUCUUUUCAGUCUCCAGUCUGAAAGGGCUUCUUGGCUGAGCUCCAGGAGGCUGGGAUCGUGCUCCCCGCUCCCACACAGCGUGCUGGCGGGCCGGCCCCGCCUGCUAGGCCCCGGAGAACUUCCUGGAGAGGCGCCAGCAUCGGUGAAGAUUCAGCAGUUUGGUCUUUGGUGUCUGGUUUUGGUGUUUUGAUCAGUGCUUAUCGCCGAUACUCGAAGGAGAGGUUGUCCGUGUUGUCUUCUCUUUAUUGAUGAUGAAACAUACACGGGAAACCUCUUUUUUAGUAUCAUAUCCCACCCUGGAGGCACCUCCUGUUCCCGAUGCGGCCUUCAGGGAAGGGACGUUGCCGGCUCCACUGCAAAGGGGCAGGGAAGGGGUGCAGGGG